CGCUCUGUAACUUGGACACAAACCUUAUUUGUUUCGUCAUUCAUUUUGUACUCACAUUUGUGCACUGCACUGCCCCCAGUAACAAUGGCCGCAAGUACUGCACCUAACUUGGAAGAUGUUCCUUCCCUCGAGCUCAUGUCUGAGCUUUUCCGUCGCAUGAAGUGUGCCUCCAAGCCCGACAAGCGUCUCAUUCUCGUUGGUCCACCAGGGUCAGGAAAAGGCACCCAGUCACCAAUCAUAAAGGAUGAGUACUGUUUGUGCCACUUAGCUACUGGUGAUAUGUUAAGAGCGGCUGUGGCAGCUAAAACUCCUCUUGGUGUUAAGGCUAAAGAAGCUAUGGAUAAGGGAGAACUUGUUUCUGAUGACUUAGUUGUUGGCAUUAUAGAUGAAGCAAUUAAGAAACCAUCAUGUCAAAAAGGUUUCAUUCUUGAUGGUUUUCCUAGAACUGUGGUUCAAGCACAGAAGCUUGAUGAGAUGCUGGAAAAGCAGGGAGUUAAAGUUGAUAAGGUUCUCAAUUUUGCAAUUGAUGAUGCAAUCCUUGAGGAGCGAAUUACUGGCCGCUGGAUACACCCAUCUAGUGGCAGAACAUACCAUACCAAGUUUGCCCCUCCCAAGGUCCCUGGUGUUGAUGAUGUUACUGGUGAACCUCUUAUUCAGCGCAAGGAUGACACUGCUGCUGUUCUUAAGUCAAGACUGGAGGCAUUCCACAAACAAACUGAACCGGUUAUUGAUUACUAUUCAAAGAAGGGCAUUGUUGCUAAUCUUCAUGCCGAAAAGCCUCCCAAAGAGGUGACAACAGAAGUGGAGAAAGUGCUGUCUUCAUAGAGUUCCUUUUUGUCCCUCAAAUCCAGCUUGAAAUGCAACUGUUUUGCCAUUAAAAACCUUGUUUACUAAUAUGUUAUUGGAAAAACAUUCAGAAAUCUGCUGACCUUUCAGCUUUUACUGAUUUGUUUGGAAAUGCAAAUUGCCGGCUGUUCUCAAACACAAAUUUGAAGAGUUACCUGGAUGAAAUAAAAGUUGAAUCGAAUUUAACUUACUUUGGACUGCACCAGUUUAAUGGU